GAAGCAGCAGCAACAGCAGCAACAACAACAACAACAGCAACGUCAAACAAUUUAGGCAAUAAUUUGAUAAAAAUUAAUAGCGCUGACAAAAUUGUGCACAAAACGACAGCAGCAACGUCAACAGCAACAGCAGCAACAACAACAAUUAGUAAGCAGCAACAACUACAACAGCAAUUACAGCAAAGGCGCUCAUUGUUACCAGCAGCAGCAGCAGCAGCAGCAGCGCAGCAAAGCGUAACAGCAGCAGCGGCAGCAGGGCAGUCGCAUCAGCUGCAAACUGUGGCCACAAUACAUCAGCAACACUCAACGCUUCAGCAGCAGCAACACACAGCAUCGCGUCUGCCUGUCCAACAACAGCAGCAGCAGCAACAACAGCAACAGCAGCAACAGCAGCAACAACAGCUGCUUAGCAAUUCUAAGGAAUUACCAGCGACGCGUCGUAGCUUUUUUCAAGUACAGCAACAGCAACAACAGCAGCAACAACAACAACAACAGCAGGCCACUCUUAAAGCAGCUCAUUUAAGAGCACCCGCACAUUCAAUACCCCCACGCUAUCAACCACCGCCUCAGCCAGGCACAGGAGGCGGCAUAUUGAAGCCUCAUUUGCCGCUGAAAUACCCGCCGGACAUACCACAGUUAACCAGCAUCUAUAUACCAGAUUCUGUUAAGCAACAGCAACAGCAACAACAACAGCGCCAGCAGCAGCAACAGGCACGUCUGCAUCAGCAGCACCAACAGCCCAGCAAGGCACAGCAGGACAUGCUGAAGUUUGUGCGCAAACAGGACCAGGAACAUCCGUCGCCCAGUGCCUCGGUCACGUCCAGCGUGACCACAGGCAUUCCAACGGCCAACGGCGGACGCUUGACAAUCGAACAGAAUCGUCAGCUGCAGUCCCUGGUAAAUGAGCUCCGCGCGUUGAAAGAGCAAAAUCAACGGCUGCUGGAUGACAAUCAGGAAUUGCGCGACUUGUGUUGCUUUCUGGACGAUGAUCGUCAAAAGGGUCGCAAGCUGGCACGGGAAUGGCAGCGCUUUGGUCGAUAUACGGCCAGUGUAAUGCGUCAAGAGGUGGCUGCCUAUCAGAACAAGCUGCGUCAACUGGAUGACAAGCAGCAGGAGCUAAUCACCGACAAUCUGGAGCUAAAGGAGCUCUGCUUGUAUCUGGAUGAGGAGCGUGCGCAUGUUGCUGCCAAUGCGCUCUGCGCUAGCUGCGGCGCGGCCACGCGUAACGCACUGCGCGACGAUGGAGACGGAUCGAGUUCAAGCACCAACGCGGACGAGACAAUCACAGCGCUGCGCAACUAUGCGGAACAAAGGCAAUUGCCGGAUUUGCGCAACGCCCACACGCUCAACGAUCAGACUUUGCAAUAUGUACGGUCGCUGGAGCGACGCAUACAGCAGCUGGAGGAGGAACGCACAACGCCCACGGCCAAUUUGCAACAGCCGCAACAAGCAGCACCGACGCCAGCAGCAGCAGCAGCACAAGCACCAGCCAAAUCAGCGCCCUCGCCACACAGCACGCACACGCAACAGGACAUCAGUCAGGCUGUAGCUGCAGCUGCAGCGGCUGCUGCCGCCUUGCCCGAGCCCAUUUCGGGGCGGCCGGAAGCUGUGGUCCGGGCCCUGCAAGUCUUGGAAGUGAGAGAGCAGCUGGAACGUGAUCGUUUGGGCAAUCUGGCGGGCUGUGCCCUCGAUCAGAUGGACGAUGGCGAAAAGGCGCUAGUGCGCGAAAUGUGCAACGUUGUCUGGCGCAAACUGGAAGGCAGUCCACAUGGUCCCACCGCCCUAGAGCCACUAUAGGCAUCCGAAAAUAUCAGACGAUACAUUCAACAAAACUUGGCUAACACACUUACUAAAAACACAUUGUACAAAGUUCAAACUAUGACUUAAGUUUAAGUGCUUUAUUUAAAACAAAAUGAAAAUGAAAACAAAUACUCAAAAUACCUAUUUUUAUAAUCCUUGACUGUUAUUUUUUUAUAUUUUACAUACACUGCUAAUGUUACAAAUCAAUCCUAUCUUAAAUUAACAAAUCCUCGAGCAGUAGCUUACAAAACUACCGCACGGGCAUAUGCAUAAAUACAAAUCAAACAAUAUUUCCACAUA